UAGACAGGGAUCCACGGCUGGAGAGCAAAAUGGCAUUUCCAUAAGAGUGACUAUUGUUCCUGUUGCUUCUCAGUGUUGUUUCAUUGUUCAGUGAUCGCCUGCUGCCUCAUACAUUCAUAACAUUCCAUACGACGUUUUGUUCCCUCACUGUCAUUGUGUAUUUUAUUUCUGUGAGGAAGCAGGACACUCACAGGUUGUAGAAAUACACUUUAAAUAAUAAACUGUGUCUUGGAUUUUGAAUGACGGCACAUCUUUGCGUUGACUGGAUCUCAGCAUCGCACACGUCGACCCGGUCCACGGGACGCGGUUCCGCUGUGUGUGCAUCUUGGCCAGUGCACCGUCUUCUUCGGAUCAGAGACAGUUUCUUCAUCUUGCUCUUGACUCUUUUUUUAACUGACUGAGUGUCUGAUGACUGAUGAAAAAAAAAACGUUACUUUGGUAAUUGUCAUGGACAAUAGCGCUCACUUGAAAUUUCCACUCCUCUGUGUGUGUGUAUGUUUCUUUAGCUUCAGUCAUUUCCACCUUGUGGAAAUUCCACUUUCCUCCUGUCAGUCUAAAUUAGUGUCCUGAAGUACUACACACACACACACACACACACACACACACACAGACAUACACACACAAAAAUAAUGGCAUAUUUGCAAAGUGUAAAAUAUGUUAACUUAUUAAACAACAAAAUAUUCACUUGCGUUUAAACGUGGAAGCAAACUUGAUAAGAACUUUAUUUUGCUCUAUUGCUAUGGACCUCAAAGUAACACGCAUAAUUUGCUUACGCUCACCUCUCACGUCAUGUACUUUGAUUCACAUACGCUGAUGAACAUAUACACACACAUGCACAAUCUCAGUAUAAUAUAACGGCAGAAGUGAAGUGGACUCAUUAUUGAUAUUCUGGUUAUUCGCGACACCACGGUUUCCACAGCAGCCCAGAGCACUGGGGCCACAGUGCAACACAAACACCAGUUACCCCAGUGAGUCACACUGAGUAACGUGUGUUCAACUUUACCAAGGAGCCAAUUUAAUAAAGUUCAUUCCCAUCUCUCUGGGGAUGAGGUGCUGCUCUGGUUUAGCCUGUUAGUCUGUGGUUGGCAUGGAAUCAGAUGAAACAUACACUGCACUCAUGCCACUUACAUCCACUAAACAGUGUGCGCCUGUGUGUGUGUGUGUGUGUGUGUGUGUGUGUGUGUGUGUGUGUGUGCGCGCGCGCGUGCGCGCGCCAUCGGCAGGGGGUUUGAGUGAUGAUGUCACUCAUUCUGUUUUCCAUUGACAUAAUGUUUAAUGAGGUAGAGGGGCCAUAAGAUAAUACUGUAACCUCUGUGUGAGUGACUCGGUGAAGCAACAAGCACGAAAAACCUUUGAAUAAAACUAUUUCAUUGUUACAAUAAUGUCAAUUAAAUGUGCGUGCACAAUGGUGCACAUGUCCUGUGUUAACUUCUAGCAUCCGACAAGCAAAGUGUUUAUUACCGCUUUAUUACUGCUGCAGAGCCCAGAGAGCUGGAAGGCUAAACUGACAGACGCGUUUCUGGACUUAAACUAAUUAACAUUUAGUUUUGAAUGUCAUUUUAUAUCAGACAUGAUUCAUCAACCAUAAGAAGAUCUGAUUUCAUCACUUUGUUUUUUUUUUACCUCAGACAAUAUUCUCUGAAUUAAUUACUUUUACUGAUUGUCCAGCAACUGUAUUUAAUCUUAAGGUUUGAUAAUUUCAGGACAAAGUAAAACUGCGUCUGUGGUGAGAAGCUGCUCACCCACGCACCGUCAUUAACACAUUACCCCACAGUCAAAGUGAUGAACCCCUGUAGGCGAAAGCCACCGUCCAGAUGCUGCAGAAACCCAAAAAAGACUCUAUUUAAAGCGUGUCUUUUUUUUUAUUUGAAGAGGGUGGUUGCUAAGUCGACUUCCUGCUUUCAAGACAAAGAAGAAGGGAAGCAGAGCCCAGAUUGUCUAAAUAUGCACACCAUGUGCCACACUCACAGACACACACUCACAGUGACCCUGCCCUGUCCUUCCUCCUGCAGCCGCAAAUGGAAAUCCCAGCCCAUCUCUGCAAGUGUGUGUGUGUGUGUGUGUGUGUGUGUGUGUGUGUGUGUGUGUGUGUGUGUGUGUGUGUGUGUGUGUGUGUGUGUGAGGAGUCCAAUUUAGUGCAAUAGUUCUCUCCUAGCGUGCAUCAACCAGCAGCCGAGGCCUUUACUGUCUCUGCUCCUGUGAUUUACGUGAUGCAAAGCCGCGUGUGUUCUCGCUGCUUUGAUGGGAAACCCAUCUAGUUUUCCUCUGUGUCACAGCCCCCCCCCCAUGGUGGGAGGACGGGGAGGGUGAGGGGAGAGUUAAGACACGACAGGACAGAGUUUUAAUACGAACGCAGGGCUUGCGGAGGCUUUGUUGCGCAGGUAGAAGAAAAAAACGACUGCGCUGGAGUUGGAGGAGGGUCCAGAGCUCCUCCACCUGUUACUUAUACGCCUGCAUGAAGCUGCGAGCAGACACUCACCCACACACCUGCCCUGCACCCUCUGCUCCUGCUGCGUCCUCAGGUAAGAGCCAGCCAGGCUUCACAGCCACAGCAUCACCUUUAUGAAUCCACCCAUUUGUCUGCUGCUUCUUCCAACCAUGGUUUUCUCUUUUUACCGUUUUACGUCCGUCAACUGCUCCUUUAUUAAUUCUGCAGAUUAAUAUCCAUGUAUUUUAAUGCAUUUUCUACCUUAAAGAUACGAUUUUAUUAGUAAACUGCUGCAAUUUAGAGGGUUGUUUUUAGUUGAAUACUGUCACUGUGUUCUGCUGUUGUGAUACAUUUUUACAGUACAGCUUAUACAUGUUAUAUAUUAAACAGUGGUUACACUCUGGUGGUAAUUUUUAGUGUCAAGUUUUUUAUUUAUUUUCAUAAAUAAAUAAACUUCAUAAACAGCAUCCAUUCUAUGCUAUUUAGUGUUGAGACUUGGUUGGUUUUAGCAAGAUGUGUGACCAUUUCUGAGAUUUUUAAGGUUGAUAUAAACAAACUAUCUACGGUAAGUAGUGCUUUGAGAUGCAUUAAAAAAACAGUUACAUUAUAUAUGUAUAUUUUAUAAUGAAAACCCACACACACUUAUUUUUAUACAUAUAUAAAAUUAAGUAAAAAGUCUGUAAAACUGUAAAGGUCGUAUCGCUGGUACAGUCAGCUAAGACGGUUUCAUUUUAAAAAGUAACAAGUGUUGCUAUUACUAUUAGGGAUGUUUCCAGGGUCUAAAGUCUCUUCAGGCUGUUUUGGUGGUCCUGGUCCUGAUUGGCAGGACCUUCCCACUAUCGUUUCCACAAAGGCGUGUAACGACCCACUUUCCUCAAAGACAAACUAAACUCCCGAGCGUGGAAACCCCACGUAGGAGGAAAAACCUGGUCAUUUCCCUCGUCCCCCAGCUGACGGGGGGUUCCUGGCCUCACACACACCCCUCAACCCGUAAUUUGCUCAUGUUAAAUGUGUUAAUGGCGUCUCCGGGGCCCAUCAGCCAUUCACACAGCAGUUCCCAGAGUUUUCACUGGAGGGGAACGGGGCACCUUAGAGGUCAAGGGUCAGCAACACCAGAUUAAUGUUUACACACGUGUUGGGGGACGCGCGCACACACUAACCACGGACACUCGCGCUAUUUCGCGUUAAAGAAAGCCUUUGGUUCACGCGCUGUGGUGAGUUCAGCUACACGUGCGCGUCAGGGUGAGCCCGAACCUGUGCCAGCUGUUAAAUGAGGCACAUGAAAUGAUGAAGACACCAUUGUUUUUACUCACAUUAGCAGCGACUUCGCUGAGUGGCGCGCGGGCAGACACACAGAGUGGGAAACCACCGUAAAUGAGCAGCAGCUUCACAUCUGUGCCGUGUAAUCAUAUAUUAUCUGUAAAUACUUUUUUUUUUUAAUAAAUGUGAAGUUGUUCAUUCAUUUGUGACUCUGGCGUUGUUCUGUUUGCGUGUUUUCUCUCCAGACUUCCGCCCUGAUGCCGCCGUGCCUGACCCCCCAUCUGUGCCUGCUGGUCCUGCCGGUGAUGUCACUCCUGCUGCUCCUCCCCCCCAUCGGCUGGAGCUACGACGGCCUGACCCCAGGCUGCCACCUGUACCCCAUCAACGUGACCAUCCGCAGCGACCGCCGCGGCACCUGCAGGGGCACGCACCUGGUCUACGCCUGCGUCGGCUACUGCGAGUCCAGCGCCUUCCCGUCCAGGUACUCUGUGCUGGUGGCCUCCAACUUUACCCACAACAUCACCUCCGCUUCACGCUGCUGCACCAUCAGCAAGGACGCCAAGGUCAAAGUGCGGCUGGACUGCCCCCGAGGCCGUCACCGUGACGAAAUAGAGAUCCUCACAGCCAAGGCCUGUCGCUGCGACAUGUGCCGCAAGUCCCGCUACUGACACACGUUUGCCGCACUAACAUUUGCGUGGAUCCAGGCCACAGUCAAAACCGCCAUGAACGAAGAAGCAAACGGUCGCGAGGGAAAGCUGGGAUCCGAAGAGCUUUCAGCUAAGAUCAGGAUCAAUCAUGACGCAGUGUGAAACCGUUGUGUGUUUACAUGAUGCUGGAUUUGUCUGUUAGUGUGUGUUUGCAUCGUGUGUGUUUGCAUCGUGUGUGUCUGCGUGCGCGCUGAGUAAAAUGAAUAGGGCAAACUUCAUGCAAUGCUGUUGUGUUAAAGACAUUCAGUCACUGUGCCAGCACGUGUCCAUGUAAGCAGCUGAAAAGUCAACAAAACUAAUUAUUCACAUAAAAUACUUGCAUCCCAAGAAAAUUAAAACGACUGCAAAAAAACGAAUCCCAUCUGUGUUGAAUGUUGCCCAAUUUAUUCACUACACUUAAUGUCCAAAAAUACUUUUCAAGUUGAAGCAUCCAAUUGUGUAAUUGUUCCAUUUAUUAUUUAUUAAAUUACGUUAAAUGUAUGUAAAUUUAAAAAGUAUUUCACAUCGCUUCUCAUUUCUAACUUCCUGGUC